AUGCGUCAUCGCAUCGUCUAUGCGCUGCUAUUGCUGUUCGUGCAAGCCGAUGAGCAUGAUCACUUAUACCAGCUGGGCGAUGAGGUUGUGUUGUGGAUGAAUACAAUUGGGCCGUAUAGCAAUCGACAAGAAACUUAUACGUAUUUCUCCUUACCGUUUUGCCGAGGGCCAAAGCUGUCGAUCGGCCAUUAUCACGAAACGCUGGGCGAAGCACUGUUGGGCGUCGAGCUCGAUUACUCCGGCAUAGCUAUUCAAUUCCGAGAAAAUGUGGAGAAGACAGAAGUUUGUAAAAAGACUCUCAGCGAAGAAGAGUACAAGCAGUUCGUUUAUGCGGUGCAGAAUAAUUACUGGUAUCAGAUGUAUCUCGAUGAAUUGCCCAUGUACGGUAUGGUUGGUGAAGUUGACUCUUCAACAGAACCACCGACGUAUAAGCUUUUUACACAUAAGAAAUUGGAGAUUGGUUUCAAUGGCAGGCAGGUUUUUAAUUUUUUCCAACAACAGAUAGUGGAUGUUAAUGUGACGUCAGAUGUUCGCGUCGCUCUGACGCCUGGAGCAACAAUAUUGUUCACAUACGAGGUUGUAUGGAAAGCUUCUUCUGUUGAAUUUGAUCGGCGAUUUGAGAAAUAUUUGGAUCCAACCUUCUUCCAGCACAGAAUACAUUGGUUCUCAAUUUUCAAUUCGUUCAUGAUGGUAAUCUUUUUGGUCGGAUUGGUUUGGAUGAUACUUAUGCGCACACUGAGAAAAGAUUACGCCCGCUAUCAGAAAGACGAAGACCUCGAUGACAUGGAGCGAGACUUGGGUGAUGAAUAUGGCUGGAAACAAGUGCAUGGAGAUGUGUUCCGGACUCCUUCUUUCCCGUUGCUGUUUUCUUCGCUUAUCGGAACUGGUUAUCAUGUUUUCACGGUCGCUAUAAUAACAAUCAUUCUUGCUAUUGUUGGCGAAUUCUAUACGGAAUGGAUUCGGCAAAUGGUGGUCGGUGCAUUUUUGUUACCCUCCUUGAUAUCAGUCGUGGCUUUCCUGGUCAAUAUUGUCGCCAUAUCAUAUCAUGCUUCGAGAGCCAUUCCAUUCACUAUCAUGCUUGCGGUUACCGCUAUUUGUCUAUUUGUUAUUCUCCCAUUAACACUGGUUGGCACUGUGCUUGGACGCAACGUGAAAGGACAAAGUGAUAAUCCAUGCCGAGUAAAUGCUGUUCCGCGACCGAUCCCAGACAAAAAGUGGUUCCUUGAGCCGUCACUGAUCGUUAUGCUAGGUGGCGUUCUACCGUUUGGAUCCAUUUUCAUAGAAAUGUAUUUCAUUUUUACGUCGUUCUGGGCCUACAAAAUAUACUACGUGUAUGGAUUCAUGUUGCUCGUCACCGUCAUUCUUGCUGUGGUGACUAUGUGUGUUACAGUUGUCUGCACUUACUUCCUUCUGAAUGCCGAAGACUAUCGGUGGAUGUAUGGGCUGUUCCAAACGGUGUUCUAUUUCGGCUACAUGGUUCUGUUUAGCGCAGCACUUGGACUGAUGUGCGGAACGAUUGGCUAUUGGGGUUCUGCUAAUUUUGUGCAUAAGAUUUAUUCGACAGUGAAAAUUGACUAA